AUGAAUCCCGCCGAUCAAUUAUCCCGAGGGCUCAACGCUGAGCAAAUUGUCACCGAUCAAACAUGGUGGACUGGCCCCCCAUGGUUAGCACAGGACUCCGAGCAAUGGCCUAAUUCAAUCGAUCAACCCUGUGAAGAAAAUGUCCACGAAGAAGAACGUAAGAAGGUGGUAAGUGUAGUUGUUGAAAACGAAGGCACCUUCAACGAUUGGUAUUUUGGUCACUUUAAAUGCUAUUUUAAGCUUCUUCGUGUUACCGUUCUAUGUCGCCGUUAUCUUUACAAUUUGGGAAAACCUGCUGAAGAGAGAAUAAAAACAACAAGGAUCAAACUUUCCGAACUCAUCGAUGCCGAAAAACAACUCGUUCGUUUGGUUCAAAAAGAAGUUUUCUCAUCUGAACUGAAAGACUUAAGGAAAUCUGGUUUCGUUCAGCGAUCAUCGAGGCUACGCUGGCUGGUUCCAAUGGUACGCGAAGAUGGUAUACUCUGCAUCGGUGGGCGGCUCGAGCACUCAGACCUGUCCACAGAAAGCAAACACCCCAUGAUAAUUCCUGGAAAGCAUCAAUUCUCAAACCUUCUAGCUGAAAUUUACCACAUCCGAUUGCUACACGCUGGCCCACAGUUGAUGCUAAGCUCUAUGCGUCUAAAAUUCUGGCCAUUGAGUGGAAGAGACCUUUGCAGACGAAUCACACACCAAUGCUUAACCUGUUUUCGCAUGAAACCCAAACUCCAACAACAAUUUAUGGGCCAAUUACCAUCACCACGAAUCCAGGCAUCCAGAGCAUUUACCCACACAGGAGUGGACUAUUUUGGUCCCGUCUACAUACGACAAGGCUACAGAAAGGCACCGAUCAAGGCAUACGUUGCUGUUUUUGUGUGCUUUAGCACGAAGGCGGUACACCUCGAGCUGGUUUCGGACUUGUCCACCGCCAAGUUCGUCCAGGCUCUCCGUCGCUUCAUAGGCAGAAGAGGGAAAUGCGCCACUCUUUAUUCCGACAACGGAACAAAUUUUGUCGGCGCACGUAAUCAACUCAAGGAACUGCUCAAAACUCUACGAAGCCGCGACCACCACCAUCAGAUACUAUGUAUCUGA